CAAUCACAAACUGCUUUUCUCAAGCUCCCUGGGCCCUUUAAAGAUCAGGCUGAGAAGGGAGGGAGCUGCUGUGUUUUACAGGUGUGUGUGGAUUUUUGUUGGAGUCAACAGCACAGCAAGGAGGGUUGCAUGAAGUGUUGAAGAUGGCAAAAGGCGAUAAUGGUGUGCGCUGUUUUCAAGGUCUGCUAGUUCUAGGCAACGUGAUUAUUGGGUUGUGCGGCAUUGCAUUGACAGCAGAGUGCAUCUUCUUUGUGUCGGAUCAGCAGACUCUGUACCCUCUGUUGGAAGCCACAAACAAUGAUGACAUCUAUGGUGCCGCCUGGAUUGGCAUAUUUGUUGGCUUUGCUCUCUUCAAUCUGGCUGUUCUUGGUAUCGUUGGAGUCAUUAAGUCAAAUAGGGCAAUGCUACUGGCGUAUAUCAUCCUGAUGUUGAUCACAUAUGCCUUUGAGACGGCCUCUUGCAUCACAGCAGCAACUCAUCGAGACUUUUUCACUCGCAAUCUCUUCCUGAAGCAAAUGCUGGAGAAGUAUCAGAACCCAGAGCCACUCAACAAUGAUGACAAGUGGAUGAGUGAAGGGGUCACCAGGACAUGGGACCGCCUCAUGCUUCAGCAUGAGUGCUGUGGUGUGAAUGGCCCGUCUGACUGGCAGAACUACAUGUCCAAGUUCAGAAACAUUAACAGUGAUUCAGAAUUCCCUUGGCCACGCCAGUGUUGUGUCAUGAAUGUCCAAGGAAUCCCUGUAAAUUUGGAUGGCUGCAAAUUGGGAGUCUCUGGCUACUACAAUGAUAAGGGUUGUUACGAGCUUAUCGCUGGACCAAUGGACAGACAUGCCUGGGGUGUAGCUUGGUUUGGCUUUGCCAUUCUCUGCUGGACUUUCUGGGUUCUUCUCUGUACCAUGUUCUACUGGAGCAGAAUUGAAUAUUGAAGGUGCAGCAUCUUCCAACAAACUUUCUGAAGUAGUGCAUGGAAAAGGCAUUAAUUUUGAUAUCUCCAUAUUCCCCCUGUACUGGGGAGGAUUUGAGGCUCUAGGUUACUUUCCCCCUCCAUGUACAUGCUUCCCCAAACACCUAACAGAUGAGUCCAAUGAGCUGACACCUCCACAAAAGAAACUCUUCUCCCUAGGCUUUUUUUUUUUUUUUCUAGUUUUACAGCUUUCAUGCCUAUGAAUGGAUACUAUUUUUUUUUUUCCUCUCCUCCUCCCUCACUGUUCUGAGGCCUUUUUGAAAAUGAGGUUACAAAAAUGAUCUAAUCCUUCUGGUGAUGGCUUUAGAAGGGGAAUGGCCUAUGUAUAUACUUGCUUCAGAAAACCCUUCUCUCUAAACUAGGACUCUUACAAAAGACAUCUGGAACAAAUGAGAUGCAAAAGACUCAUGUAAGGUACAGGAAAAAUACUGGGAAUUCCUCUGACCAGUAGAUAUGGAUACUGCUGCCUUUACUCCCUGCAAGAGGGGAAAUUUAGGCACAACACUGCCAACCCCCCGCCCUCUGAAUGCAUCUUAAUUUCAAGGUUUGGUUUGCCAAUUUAAUUGGAAACAUACCUGUGUCAACAGGUAGAAAAUGACAUCAAAGAUGAAAGUUGCUAAUCAGUCCAUUCCAAAGGUAGUUCUCCAAGCUGCAGUAUGAUUCCUACAUUCAGACCUACUUCUACUCACUAGCUAAUUCAUGCAAACCUAUUUGGUAUAGAUUAACCACCAUUGUAAUUCUUCAUUUCCUAAGACUAGGACUCAUUCAGGGAACAACAGAAAUAUUUUUUUGCCUUGAUGAAGAAAAAUCUUGCACUGAGAUGUCAGAGGGGAAUAUAUUGUCCCUCUGCUUUUGCCACUUCCAGCCUACUCCAUCUUUCUACCUCUAGCUACUCCUAAUUGGGUAGGACAUUUAGUGGUAAAGGGAAUUAGAAACUCUUUUAGUCAUGUUUUAUCCAUGACUGACUUGCUGCAUCCCAUUCAGUCCUUGCAUUGGCAGAUUACAAUUCCCACUUAAGUCAGAAAAAGGAUUUGUUUACAGUGGUCCUUUUCUGUGCCAGUUGGUUUCUUAGUAUCCUGUGACUUAAAUUAUGCAAAACGUGCUCCUCUACAAAAUAAUUUUUAAGAUGAAACCUAUUGCUAAGCAUCUUAGCUCCUAAGAGCUUGCUAGCUGCCCAGAUUUUUUGGGGGGGGGGUUCUGUAUAUUUUCCCCCAAAGCUUUAUUAAAAAAGCCAAAUUGGAAAAAUCUCAUUGCCAAGGAUCUUGAAUAAAUUCAGGGGUGCAUGAGACUGUGGACCUGUGUUUGAAAAGUUUGCAACUCCAUGCUUGUCUCGCUGUGAGCUGCUGGUGUCUGCGUAAGGAGUAUAGUACUGUAGAAACACUGGGUAUCUGCAUUGGAAAGGAGACCUUUCUUUUACUUGUCACAAAAAGGGGUAAAGGACUUGAACAUGAAUGUAUCCUCUCACCUUCAUGGAGUCGUUAUCAGUGUCCAGCCUGAGGGAUGGUAUCUUGUGCGUGCAGUCUGCUUUGGAAGAGAACAGCGGAAGGCUUCCAGCCUUGAUGAAGUGGCAGGGGCUUUUUAUGCAUUCAGACUUUAUUGCAUGACCAUAAGCACUGUUGGUUCUGAAUACUCCUGCAGGUGUUGGCCCAAGCAGAUGUGUCGGUGGUUCUCAGAUUUUUUUUUUUUUUUAAAUACAUCCCCUAGUGCUGACUACUGCAAGGGACUGCUAAGUGGUCUGGUGCUAGUAAAUAGUUGCUUCUGAGCUGAUGCUGACCCCUUUCCCUUUGUAAACUCAAACUGUUCUGCCCUGUAGAUUUACACCUCCUCCAGGUUUCCAUGCCGAGUGCUUGCUUGAUCUGACUACCCCAAAAGCUUCUGCAAGCUGAUGAUAUCUAAUGGAUUGGUACAGCCCUUUCCAGAAGCUGUCUCUCACAUUGAUGUGCCUGAAGAAGUGGCUUUCAGGAUGAAAACCUCUAAAGCAGCAUGUGCUGAAAUUGCUGGGCUUUGAGAACUGCUGGGUUCCCCUUUUAUGAUCUCCCAUUUUUUUCAUAGCUGAAGGUAGGGAGGGAUUGUACAUAUGCAUGCUGCUUUCCCACCAUCUCUGAAAAUGCUUUGAUUUAGUACUGACCUCUGCAUAGAGAUAAGAUAGCAGAUUCCUCUCCAUUGCAGAACAGGGAGUAAGAGCCAGGCUGCUGCUUUCUCAAUGUUAUCUACCCCAAGCAAUCCAAAAAUCUUGAGAUUAGCUUAAACUGAUGAUCUAAAACACCCCCAAACUUGUGUUCUACUUUGAACUUUUAGGUCAGGGGUUGGCACCCUACAGUCCAAGAGCUGAUCCAGCCCAUGUUGGUCUUCAGGAGGUUCCCUGUGCUACCAUGGAGAAAAGUGGUGGCAGCCAGGGCCAGGUGCUUGCCUAGGGCAGGUCCUUCCUACCCACAGCCAGAAAAAUUUGCCUACACCUGCUUUUGUUUUUUUGCCAA